CUUAGAAAUCAAUCUGCAUUAGAAAGCAUCGGAAGAGAAACGAACCAUCUUACAGAUCUUCCAUAACUUCCCACCUUCUUCCCGUCAGCCUCCACAAACUCCAAAACAUACAAAUACUCUUCAGAUAUCCGCGAGAGUUUUCAUAUGUCAUUCUUCAUCCGAUCUCUUCCACGAUUACCAAAAACUUAUAAUCGCUCCGUCUUCUUGCAAUCUAUAAACAAAAGAGCUUUUCAUCAAUCUAUCGCAAAUAUGGGUGUUCACAACAUUGCCAACGCAACUGAAUUCAAGUCUGCUCUUGCCGAUAACCAAGUCGUUGUUCUCGACGCCUUUGCAACAUGGUGUGGUCCUUGCAAGGCCAUCGCUCCUAGAGUUGUUAAGCUCUCGGAAGACUACCCCGCCGCCCAUUUCAUCAAAAUCGAUGUCGAUGAGUUGCCAGAGGUAUCACAACAGCUUGGUAUCAGAGCUAUGCCUACCUUUAUAAUUUUCAAGGGAAAUGAGAAGGUUGCAGAGGUUGUAGGUGCCAACCCUGUUGCGUUGGAAAAUGCUAUCAAACAAGCUGUUGAGGGGGUUGAGCCUAAGGCUUAGAAGGGGUGUUUGUGAUUGAGGAGUGAGGGGAUGGGGAUAGAGGAUUGAAAGGAAUUUUAUACACAUGUGUAGAAUAGUGUCCAAGGGGACUAGACCGCAUGGUUUAUUUUGGGUUCUGGUAUGUGGAGGUUAGGAAGUCAACGUAUGAAUUGAUGCUUUAGAAAUAUGUGUUUUGAAUUUAGGAUCCUUCUUGUGAAUGAGCUACGAAUGAUUGGGAUGAAUUCACUCUGUUUUCGCGUA